AUGGAGAGUGAGGAAGAAAGUAGAUAUUGGGAAGUGCAUCAGGAACUUGCAAGAAGAUUAGACUUUGCUUACACACUUAUGAAGAUGCAUCAAUGUGAUGUGGAUUUGCUACCUGGAUGGACCGGCUUUAACAUGCUUCUACAGGGAUCUAACAUACCACCUCUAUCUAAAAUACGAUACUUGCCCAUAAUUGAUGGUUCCCCUAGUGAAUACUCUACUUUGUACACUGCAGUGGCGUGCUGGCAGGGGGGGCCGGGGGGCCACGGCCCCCCCAGGUGGCAAUUCUUGGGGGGCGCAAAAAUGAAAAGGGGGCGCCGAAUUUUGAAAGUGGGUGUGAAAGUUGUAAAUGUAUUCAGAUUACCAGAUCAGUAGAGAAUAGAAUUGGGAUUAGAUUAAUCGCUUGAAGUACUACUACUAAAUUCAAACCAAAUUUCAAAUUUCGACACGUUAUAAUGCCGUUUUCUGACCAUCAGAUUUCUGUCAAGUCUUCCCCCAAAGUCAAGGAAAUGGCAUUUCAGAGACUCUAAAUUCAAAAAUUUUCCUGGGGGGCAUGCCCCCGGACCCCCCUAGACAAACCUCGAACCUACGGCGCUCGAACCUAGGGGCGCAUAUUGGUUGCCAACCAUUGCCCCCCCCCCCGGAAAAAUAGUACCCAGCACGCCACUGGUACACUGCUCUUCAACAGAGUAUAAAGAUAGCAGAUGAACUUUUAUUGGAACGAAUUGUAUUGAUCUUUGAUGAGGCUAUAUAUGCCAAAAUCCAACAAAUCAGAUGGAAGAACGAAAUAUUCAUGUCACGAUUCAUUGUUAGACUUGGGGACUUUCAUACUACAAUGUCAUUUUUGGGUGCUAUUGGGGUGCUAUUCAGAGAUGCAGGAUUACAGGUAUGUUUCAUUCAAUAAAUUAAAGUGUUGACAUGCUUUCGAGUCGUGCAUAAAAAUAAAGAUAGAAACUGUUGGUAAACAGUGUGUUAACCAACAUUACAAAAUCAUUAUUUUCAUUCUAAUAGGAUGUGCUUGUCGAAUCUGAUAUAAUUGGACAAGGUUCAGUUGAUGGAGUAAUGAAGGGAAAGCGCUACAACCGUAGUAUGCACUGUCACAAGGUUAUGAGUGAAGUUCUUCAACGUCUUCGGUUUGAGGCAUUUCUGGACUGCCUUGAUGAUGAAGAUUCAGAUCAAGUGGUAGCGGUUGCAACAGGUAUGUUGAACAACUUUCAAACUGAUUUUUUUCAUGAAGAAAUAAAUGGCGAAUCAUUCUUGGACAUAAAGGAAACAUAUCAAAAGUUCAUUGAAGAAGAAAGUAAAGAAAACCCUACUUUUGCUUUCUGGAGCAGUUACCUGGAAAUUAUUCAGACCCUUUUGUGCUUCGUAAGGUAAGUUUCCGAGUAUUGCCUUUCAUGAAUGUAUAGUCGAUGAAAUAGUUGAAUCAAGUUCUUUUUAACAAAGACUCACAAGUGGUUAACUUGGUUUUAGAGCAAUACGUGAAGGAGACUGGGAUUUGCAUUUGUCAGCAAUGCGUUCAAUGUUGCCAUGGUUUUUUGCCACUGAUCGGGUAAAUUAUUCUCGCUAUGGAACAGCUUACUGGCUGGAGAUGACAACACUUGACGAUACGCAUCCAGGUACUGACAACUCAUCUAAAGACUAUUAUCAUACCAUCUUGUGGAGGACCAUAUAGUAUAUACACAUACACACACACACACACACACACACACACACACACACACACACACACACACACACAUAUAUAUAUAUAUAUAUAUAUAUAUAUAUAUAUAUAUAUAUAUAUAUAUAUAUAUAUAAUGACCCAAGCAAUAUAUAUAUAUAUAAUGACCCAAGCAUGACCUAAUAACCCAAGCAUGCAUUGUUUCGCUUAAGCAUCGUUUCGCCUACACGCAUUCCGCACAUUCUUUCGAUAGCAUAAAAGCAACCUACAAUUUCGAAAUUACUCACCACCUGAUGAUUCCUAUACGGAUGAAACAGACUGUUGUGGUUUUUUGAGGUAAAAACUUAAAUUAAAGACUCUUUAUUGUAAAUAUUCUGACUGAAAAACUGAGCAUACAUUUUUGAAUUACUAUAGGGGUAAUUAAUAUCACAUUAAAUCGAGGAGCUAUGCAGUGUUGGAUUCUUACUCAGUCGGAGCGAUCUGCCAUUUCAAGGGAGUGCAUGAAGAUGGCUGGUGCUGAUCCAUGUAACAGGUAACUUUUGAAAAAAACAUUUUCCACUGUAAACGAGUUGCAGUUUGAACUUUUUAAGCGAUGUUGGUUCAGCAGGAUUAGUAGUCUACUGUCUAAUGCGUGUUAUUUAAACUAUAUGUAGCAAAAGGAAAGACUUAGAUGAAACCCAAAAGGCUCAUCAUGAAAAAGAGGUUGAAAAUGUGAAGACAACACUUCAGAAUAUGGUGAAUCCAUUUGAACCUGGUCGAACAGAAUUGGUGCAUUUGACAAGUGGUCUUGUAGCCACAGAAAAUGUAAGUACUGAUCCUUUGAAAGCCAACCACAUUGGAGAAGAGCGCUUGGAAAGUUUUAUUACGGAUAGAUUAUUUGUACCCGAGCCAGAUAUCUUUGCUACAAUUCCGAAGGUUAAACUGAAAACGUUUUCAUCAAUGACAAAGAAAGUGAAAGUCUCCUCAAAGAGUGGCGCAGAUGCCACACUUAAGAGCAAUCGGAACCUUUUUGCUCGCAUGCUCUUGCUUGCCCAAAGUAGAGAGAUUGAUAUGAAAGAAGUCCUGUCCUUUUGUUUGGGUCCUUUCCCUUUAUCACUUUUGACGGAAAUGGGGCUGUACAU